AUGCCUUUCGCCAAGCGGAUCGUGGAGCCGCAGUGGCUGUGCCGACAGCGGCGCCCGGCACCUGGCCCAGAUGAGGACACAAGUGAAGGUAGCAUCGAACCACCGCAGCCACCACCGCCGCCGCCCCUGCAACUGCCUGGUCGACGGGAGGAGGCCGAAGCGCCUGGGGCCGAGGAGCCUCCCCAUGCGCCGCCUGUGCUUCCCGGGAUACCACCACCUCCGAUGCCGCUGCCCGCUCCCGCGGCGGCGGUGGCAGAUCCGGCUCAGCCGCCCCCCAGCGAAGACCCCGAGGUGGGCGAGGAAAUCGUGGCGGGGGUCCCAGAGGCAGGAUCCGCCACUGGCGAUGCGUCCUCGGCUACAGCCGCUGCUGUGUUGCUCAUGCUAGACCUGUGCGCAGUCAGCAACGCUGCCCUGGCCCGCGUCCUCCGGCAGCUCUCAGACGUGGCCAGGCACGCGUGCAGCCUCUUCCAGGAGCUCGAGAGCGACAUCCAGCUGACCCACCGCCGCGUCUGGGCGCUGCAGGGCAAGCUGGGUGGCGUGCAACGCGUCCUCAGCACCCUGGACCCCAAGCAGGAGACAGUGCCUGUCUCCAACCUUGACAUCGAGAGUAAGCUGAGCGUGUAUUACCGUGCACCCUGGCACCAGCAGCGAAACAUCUUUCUUCCAGCCACAAGGCCACCCUGUGUGGAAGAGCUGCAUCGCCAUGCCCGCCAAAGCCUGCAAGCCUUGCGCAGAGAACACCGGAGCCGCAGCGAUCGCCGGGAGCAGAGAUCCGCUGCUCCCCUAUCCAUAGCUGCUCCGCCAUUGCCAGCCUACCCUCCUGCUCACAGCCAGAGGAGGCGUGAGGUGAAGGACCGCCACUUCCUAACGUUUAACAGCACCCGUUCGCCCUCCCCCACUGAGUGUUGCCACAUGGCCCCAUGGAGUAGAAAGUCUCACCCUCCUGAGGAUGAAAAUGCAGAUGUCAUGUUAGGGCAGAGGCCAAAAAACCCAAUACACAAUAUCCCCUCGACACUGGACAAGCAGACCAACUGGAGCCAAGCGCUGCCUCUCCCAACGCCAGAGGAGAAGAUGAAACAAGAUGCCCAAGUGAUUUCUUCUUGCAUUAUUCCCAUCAAUGUCACUGGAGUUGGUUUUGACAGAGAGGCUGGUAUACGCUGCUCUCUUGUUCAUUCACAAUCUGUCCUACAGCGAAGACGGAAAUUGAGGAGAAGGAAAACCAUCUCGGGUAUCCCCAGAAGAGUUCAACAAGAAAUAGAUUCUGAUGAGUCCCCAGUGGCCAGGGAAAGGAACGUGAUUGUGCACACAAACCCAGACCCCUCUAAUAUUGUCAAUCGGAGGUCCGGAACCAGGGAUUCAGAAUGCCAAACUGAAGAUAUUCUGAUUGCUGCCCCAUCCAGAAGAAGAAUCAGAGCUCAAAGGGGUCAAAGCAUUGCAGCUUCCCUUUCUCAUUCAGCCGGCAACAUUUCUGCCCUGGCAGACAAAGGUGACACCAUGUUUACUCCUGUAGUGAGCAGCCGUACCCGUUCUCGGAGCCUUCCUCGAGAGGGUAAUAGAGGUGGAGAUGCUGAGCCCAAAGUUGGUGCUAAACCUUCAACCUAUGAAGAUGGAGAACCUUUUGUGGGAGACCAUGAAAGAACCCCUAAUGAUUGUAGUGAGGCUCCAAGCAGCCCAAGUGCACAGGAACACCAGGCUGCAUUGGGACUGGCCUGUUCUCAGCAUAUUCACAGCCCCCAGCACAAGCUAAGCGAGAGAGGAAGGUCACGUCUAUCCCGAAUGACUGCUGACUCUGGCAGCUGUGAUAUCUCCUCCAACUCAGACACCUUUGGGAGCCCCAUCCACUGCAUUUCCACUGCUGGCGUCCUCCUUGGCAGCCACAUGGACCAGAAAGAUGACCAUCAGUCAUCCAGUGGUAACUGGAGUGGCAGCAGCUCCACAUGUCCCUCGCAGACCUCAGAAACAAUUCCUCCUGCAGCUUCACCUCCCCUCACUGGCUCUUCACACUGUGACUCAGAGUUGUCUCUCAACACAGCUCCUCAUGCUAAUGAAGACACCAAUGUCUUUGUGGCAGAGCAGUACAAUGACCACUUGGAGAAAGUGAGAGGCCACCGGGCCAACUCCUUUACCUCCACUGUUGCUGAUCUCCUGGAUGACACCAACAACAGCAACACAAGUGACAGUGAGUGGAAUUACCUACACCACCAUCAUGAUGCAUCCUGCCGCCAAGAUUUUAGUCCUGAGCGUACUAAGGCAGAUAGUCUGGGCUGCGCGAGCUUCACAAGCAUGGCCACUUAUGACAGCUUUCUGGAAAAAUCUCCAUCAGACAAAGCAGAUACUAGCUCCCACUUCUCAGUCGACACGGAAGGAUACUAUACCUCCAUGCACUUCGAUUGUGGUCUGAAAGGCAAUAAAGGCUAUGUCUGUCACUAUGCAGCCCUAGGCCCAGAGAAUGGCCAAGGCGUUGGGGUUCCUCCUGGUCUUCCCGAAUGCGGCUGGCAGGACUACUUAGAUCACAGGAGGCAGGGGCGACCAAGUAUCUCUUUCAGGAAACCAAAGGCAAAGCCAACCCCACCUAAACGGAGCUCAUCGUUGAGGAAGUCUGAAGGCAACACAGAUGUUUCUGAGAAGAAAGAACCAAAGAUAAGCAGUGGUCAGCACCUGCCUCACAGUUCCAGGGAAAUGAAGCUGCCUCUUGAUUUCUCCAACACACCUUCUCGAGUGGAAAAUGCCAGUGUUCCUACCAAACAGGAGCCUUGGAUGAACCAGAGUGAACAUGGUGUUAAGGAACCUCAGUUGGAUACCACAGAUAUUCCAUCAUUCAAAGAUGAAGGUGCUGAAUCAACUCACUAUGCAGACCUCUGGCUUUUAAAUGACUUGAAAACAAACGAUCCUUAUAGAUCUUUAUCCAAUUCAAGCACAGCUACAGGUACUACAGUUAUCGAAUGCAUCAAAUCUCCAGAGAGCUCUGAAUCCCAAACAUCACAAUCAGAAUCAAGGGCCACCACUCCAUCUCUUCCUUCAGUUGACAAUGAAUUUAAAUUGGCUUCACCAGAAAAGCUGGCUGGCUUGGCAUCUCCAUCAAGUGGUUACUCAAGCCAGUCUGAAACACCAACAUCCUCUUUCCCAACUGCUUUCUUUUCAGGUCCAUUGUCUCCUGGAGGUAGCAAAAGAAAACCUAAAGUUCCAGAAAGGAAAUCCUCCCUACAGCAGCCUUCUUUAAAAGAUGGAACUCUAUCACUGAAUAAAGAUCUUGAACUUCCGAUUAUACCUCCUACCCAUCUUGACCUAAGUGCUCUUCAUAAUGUCUUGAAUAAACCAUUCCAUCACCGUCAUCCAUUGCACGUUUUUACUUAUAAGCAGAACCCAGUAGGAGAAACGCUGAGGUCAAAUCCUCCACCAUCUCUUGCAAUUACACCAACAGUCUUGAAAUCUGUUAACCUUAGGUCCAUCGGCAAGUCUGAAGAAGUUAAGCAAAGAGAAGGCAACAAUACAGAUGUGCCCCACUUAGAGGACAGUGCUCUCACAAUGGCUGCCUUGUCUCCAGGCAAGACUAGGUCACAUACAACAAAGAAACCAAUAUCCCGUCAGUAUUCUGCUGAAGAUACCAUACUGACCUUUGUAGACUCCACUGCAGUUGAGAUGGGACCAGAUAAACUCCAUUUGGAAAAGAACCCUACUUUUGAUGGGAAGAACCACUGCCAUCCAGAAACUGCAACUUCAACCGGUAGCACAAAAGACCACCCACAGAUGGGAAAUGACCCUAUGCCAGAAAAUGUAUCAAGUAAAAGCUGUGGGGUUUCCACUGAAGGAUUUCAGAGGGUAUCUGCUGGCCGCCACAAUGAUUUGGAUGGUAAAAUAAUACAGUGUGGAUCUGGGUCAGAUGGAGCCCUAGUGCAAGUACUGAAAUCAUCCUCUGUAGAUCAAGAAGAUGGUACCCAAUCUGAAUCUGUGGAUGUAAUUACAUUUCAGUCUACUUCACCAAUGAGAGCAACAGACAUAAGCAAUCAACGUAAGCAUCAACUUGUUAUGAGCCGCCACCAUGACAAAGUGCCUGGGAAUAUCCGCUAUGAAUCAGAGACAUCAACUGUAAACUCAUUCCCUGAAAAAUGUUCUGAGCAGGAAAAUAUUGCUUCAGGUGUUUCACCCCAAAGUGCCUCUGAUAACAGCAGAGCAGAGGAGACCCAAGGAAACGUGGAUGAGGCUUCAUUGAAAGAAUCAUCACCAAGUGAUGACUCCAUCAUCUCACCCCUUAGUGAAGACUCGCAAGCUGAAGCAGAAGGCGUGUUUGUGUCUCCAAACAAACCUCGGACAACUGAGGAUUUAUUUGCUGUCAUUCACAGAUCCAAGAGGAAAGUACUUGGAAGAAAAGAUUCCGGUGACAUGUCUGUUCGAAGCAAAUCCAGAGCUCCCCUCAGCAGCAGCAGUGGUGGUGCUGGUGGUGCCGGUGGCAGCAGCAGCAGCAGCAGCAGCAGCACCAGUUCUGUCACCUCCUCCAGCAGCAGCGUGACAACUGCAAACAGCCAGAGAUCCCCUGGUCUCAUCUACCGAAAUGCCAAAAAAUCCAACACAUCCAACGAAGAGUUUAAGCUGCUCCUCCUCAAGAAAGGCAGUCGCUCUGAUUCCAGUUACCGCAUGUCUGCCACAGAGAUCCUCAAGAGUCCCAUCCUGCCGAAACCUCCUGGGGAGCUUCCAGGGGAGGCCCCACAAAGUUCUGAUGAUGCCCAUCAAGGAUCCCCUGGGGCCGAGGCAUUGUCCCCUCUCUCUCCCUGCUCCCCACGGGUCAGUGUAGAAGGGUUCUCCUCAAAGAACUUUGCCAGCUCAGCAUCAGCCAGGGUGGGACGAUCCAGAGCACCUCCUGUGGCCAGCAGCAGCCGGUAUAGUGUACGCUGCAGGCUGUACAACACACCCAUGCAGGCCAUCUCUGAGGGAGAGACAGAAAACUCUGAUGGGAGCCCACACGAUGACCGCUCCUCGCAGAGCUCCACAUAA